AUGGCCAAGAACGACCUCUUCUCUGUUCUCGAACAUUCGGCCACAAACCAGGACACUUUGACAAUGGAUUCACCUAAUGAAAAAAAUGUUCCAAUGGCAGUUGACGAGAAUGACAGGUCAACUCUUGUAAGUCAAAAAUGGAAGGCUUUUGCAGUGGUUUACCCCAGCCUUGCUGUUCACUCAUUUGCUCCUGAGGAAGCAGGUGACCAGCAGGACUCGGCGAAGAAUCCUAGGCUGACUCCAUCUCUUCUGCUUGAUGAUUUCGAAACCAAGGAAAAACAGGAGGUUGCAGCAAGCGCUGGACUGGAUAAUGCGGUUGAAGCUGGAGGAGGUCUUGAAUUGAAACAUCAAGUUAGACAUCAGGUCACCAUACCUCCCAGUUACAAUUACAUUCCAAUAUCCCAGCACAUUCCUCCUGCAAAGCCACAUCACGAAUAUAAGUUUGAACUUGAUCUCUUCCAAAAAGUUUCUGUAUAUGUGAUCCAGUGGAAUGAAAGUGUCCUUGUCUCCAUGCAUACUAGUGCAGGGAAGAUGGUGGUGGCAGAAUACGCCAUCACACAAUGUUUGGUGACACUUAAUGCUGCCUUUUGGCAGGCCUUGAGCAAUCAAAAGUAUCAUGAAAUGUUGGUAGAAUUUGGCAAUGUCAGCCUCAUGACAGGGGAUGUAACCAUCAACUCAUCCGCAACAUGCCUAGUCAUGACUAUCAAAAUCCUAUGCUCCAUGCUCUACCAUGGCUCUGAAAUCAUAUGGGAAGUUGUCUGGGUAAUCUUUGAUGAGAUCCAUUACAUGCGAGACAAAGAGCGAGGCAUCCCACCAUUCCCAAUGCUAUGCAACUUCUGCCUGACACCGCUCCAGCAUUACUUGUUUCCAGUGGGUAGCAAAGGCAUUUAUAUGGUGGUGAAUGAGAAGGGGGAGUUCAGGGAGGAUAACUUUAUGAAGGCUAUGGGGUUGUUGCAGCACAAUCUCGGAGAGGAUCCAGCAGAUCCGAAAAGUGGGACAGAAAAGAAGAGCAAGUCUAAGAAGGUAUCUAAAAUCAGUACAGAGUCUUCAGACAUCUCAAGAUUGAUCCAGAUGAUCAUGCAGAAGAACUGCAACCCUGUCAUUGUGUUCUCCUUCAACAAGCAGGAAUGCAAAUGGAAUGCACUCGAGAUGAUCAAAUUUCAGUUCACCUCAGCCAAAGAACAAGAUCUCACCACCACCAUUUUCCACAACACCCUUGAGAACCUCUCUAUUGAAGACAGACAGCUACCUCAAAUCACAGAGGUUAUCAAGAUUCUAUUCCAGGAAGGUCUGAUCAAAGUCCUCUUUGCCACAGAGACAUUCUCCAUUGGUCUGAACAUGCCCGCCAAGACUGUCAUGUUCACCAGGACUACCAAGCGGGAUGGGAAGGAACGGCAAAGCCUGCCAUCAGGGGAGUACAUCCAGAUGUCUGGUCACAUGGGGAGGCAAGGAUUGGAUGAGAGGGAUAUCGUGAUAAUGAUGUGCGAUGAAAAUAUUGAGCCGGUCAUUGCAAGGGAGAUGAUUACUGGUCAAGCAGAUUGA